UUUUUUAAGAGGUGGAUUACCCCUGCCUAGGGCGCGAUGGCAUCUGUUAGGAGGAGCGCAUUUCUCGAUCGCAGCACCUGGCGUCUCCCCAGAGAGGGCGAGGGUGUGUAUGCCGAGGCGGAAGAGCGAGUGCGCGAGGCUUGCGCGGAUGGAAAGAUGAGCAAUCGUCGCCUUAAAAGAUGGGUGAAUGAUCGGCUACUUCGCGAGCUCGCUCCGCCUCUGGACUCGAUCGAGAUUGGCGGACUCUUCGCUCCUCCUCCUUGGGGAGAGAGGAACUAUCAAACACCGCUGGAGAAAUUGACGGAAGGUGGAGGAGCAGCCAUGGCCGCCGCGUGGGAACCCUUUCGUGAUAACGUAGACAUGGAUUACCAGGCCGAUGUGUUGAGAAAACUUGAGAAGACCGGGAAACGUAAGGAAGCUGCGGCUCUUUGCGCAUGGCGAGCAGUGGAUCACAAUGCUCGCGAUGCACUAAAGCGGCUCUCCGAUUCGCCACUGCUUCCUAUUCUUGAGAAUCAAUUGCUCGAAUUUGUGAGCGGGAGAGACGACGAGCUCGUACUGGAGAUGCCGGCACCGCACCACCGACUGCUUUUGCAUGGUCUCAGUCAAUUUCAUGGCUUGGCUUCGCAGUCGGAGCCAGCACCGCCACCACCCCGUGUACACAUCACCAAGAGAACAAAUUGCCGAAGCGAGGCAGCAAAAGAUUCUGGCUUGAACCUGAUGAAGUUCCUCCAGGACUGCAGGCACCCUCCUGUAUUACCCCCGACUUUCAGAUUAUGAAGACCCAAGAAAACUUGGAUGUAUCCAUACCAUGCAUGGAAAAUAUAUUCUCGUCUUGCUGGGCGCCGAGAACGCUCGCUAUGAGUUCCUCGGGCAUGUUGAACGACAGCGCUAGAGUCUCCAUGUCAAGCUUGUCAAGAACCGAGCUCCUACCUGGUAAAGUUCGCUCCAAAUAAGCUAAAAAUUCUUGAUUGACAAACA